GGAGCCUUUUGUCUUUCUACUUUAUUAUUCCCGUCCCCUGUCGAAUUUGAACUUUUUUUAACAGCUAAAACCGAGUUUUUUCCUCACAUGAGCUCACAUUAAUAUCCUCUCGCUCUUGCUUUCACUUUUUCCUGUCUUUACCAGUGCUUCCCAUUGUUGUUCCUUCUGUGGCCAUAAUUUCUCAGAAUUGACCAUCGUUUUCCGGUUGCUCUGCCUGAGGCCUCUACGAUUUCAAUUGGUUUUGUUAUUUUUCUAGCCAUCCUUGCCUUUUUUACUGAAAAACAAAUGACUCAAGCCUACGCAAUUGAGCUUUACUUUGACCCGGCCCUCGAGAACCAAGUUUUGAAGGCAUGGAACGUGUUAGCUCGACGCCAGAUAAGCACUCAGUUAAUCGAGAUCGAAUCACGGCCCCACAUUACCUUAUUCUCGACCGUUUUUGCCGACACAGCUAAAAUCGAGAAUGUCCUAAGGAAUCUCACUUCAAAGCAAGAACCUCUGCAUAUAUCCUUCUCCUCAAUAGGAAGCCUCCCAAACGAUAACAAUGUUCUCUUUCUGGGGCCCACUCCAUCUCUGUCUCUCCUUCAAUUCCACACGCAGUUAUGUGAUGCCUUGAGAAAGGAAGGAGUUGAGAUUGGGGAAGAUUAUCGUCCGGAUAAAUGGAUUCCUUACUGUGCGGUGGCUGAUGACGUGGCAAAGGGCCGUUUGGCGGAGGCUUUCAGUGUCUUGCGUGAUUUGAAGAUGCCGGUUGGUGGGUAUGCAGUGGAAGUCUCGUUGGUCGAGCACCCGCCCGUUCGAGAAAUAGUCUCGUUUCCUUUGGGUGUUCAUUAUGGUGGUGAGGUUUAAGGUUUAUGUUUUUAAUUUCGUUAAUACUAAUAUUAUGUUAGGAUUUUCUUUUCUGUCUUUCUUAAACUUUGUAGCUUUUGGAUGUUGCAAGAAUUGGUUUUAGAAUGUAUGAACGGUGGUUAAAGAGAUAAAUUCAGUAUUUAAUUGGGGUUGAAAGCUGUGUGAAUCUCUCAUCAAUUGUGUCUUGUUGUAUUUGCGUUUUAGAAGUACUUUGUCCCUGUGAG